ACAAAAAUUUCUCCCCUUCCCGCCCCUUCCCCUAUGGCCUCCCCGGCGAAGCGAGCGAAGCCCUCGUCGCCGGCGAAAGAGGAUGCUGCGGCCUCCGAGGACCCUGUCGUCCUCCUCCGCCGACGAUGGGAGCUGGCCUCCGUCCUCCACUUUCUCAGGGUCUUCGAGCCGGUGAUCAAGGGGGAGCUGGGGCUCUCGGCGGAGGAGAUCGAGAUGGCGCUCGUCUCGAAUAACCGUGACCUCGCUCGCAUCCACAUUGCCCUUUUGAAGGGAAUACCACCAGUUAACAAAAGUCUCAAGGUUGAGGAUGGAUGGAUCAUAGUAUCUGCCAAGAAGCUAUCAGAUUGGUGGUCGUGGGUUGCUGAAGGAGCAAACCCAUUGAGAAGCAAUCAAGGGAAGGAAGUUGAGACGUAUAAGCAGCAAGAUCCAAUCAAACGAUUGUUAAUACUUAAAGCGCUCUGUGAAGUUCGAUCUGAGCAAGAUGAUGUGGUAUGGUAUGUUAAUAAUGAAAUGAAGAAAGGAAAUGAUAUUUCCAACUUCCGAAAAGAAAAGCUAGGGAGUGGUAGUAAUGGGACUAUAUACUGGUAUGAUGGAGAUUCAACUAUUGGCCAUAGAUUAUACACAGAAUAUGUAACGAUUGAUUUUAAGCGGAACUGGAAGGGAAAGGGUGGCCGUUUGACAACACCAGUUAUCAAUAUUCACUGGGAAACGGUUGCAACUAACCUCGAUGAGUUUCUUGAGAUAUCAGAGAAGUUAUGCAGAAAGGGUCGGCCCGAAUCUGCUAUUGCGGAGUAUCUUAAGAUGGAAAUUGUUCCAGCUGUGGAGAAGCUUGAAAAGAAAAGAGAGAGGAACUUAAAACGUCAGCAGAAGAAGGACGAGCUUUUAGCUUUUGCUACCAGUUGCCAAACUCGUUCAUUGCGAGAACGUAGGCGUGUCAGCUACACUUAUUCUGAUUAUGAUCGUUCAAUUAAUGAGGCAAUAAGAGUUGCAUCGAAAGCAAAAGAAUAUGAUUCACCUGAGGCAGGAACGAAAGAGAAGCGUGCUUCACAUCAAGGAGAUAAAGGAGCCAAUGGAAGAUCUGACAUCAAUUCGGAGCACAACAAAGAUGGCCAGGAGGAUGCCAAUUACCUAAGUGACCUGAGCUCUGAUGAUGAUGAAGACAGAGACUACAGUGACAAGGAUGGCAGCUCCGUGGACAGUGCUGGAGACAAUAAUGCUUAUGAUCCCCACAAGAGCGAAUCGGAAGAGGAGGAGGUGUUUGUAACACAUAAGAGAACUCGUCUUGCUGCCCGUAUGCUAAAUGACAAGCCUCGGCAAGGGCUUCGUCGGAGUCAAAGAAAUGUGAAAAAUAAUGAAGACACUUUGCUUCCAGGUCAGCUUACCCCUCAAGCAAUGACAAAGAAAACACUGAGGCAAAGGCCCACACCCGUCUCCAAGCAGCCUGACAUUACUUUGUCAGUCUCUGAAGAUGAUCUUGCACUGACCGUUGCAGACUCUGAGGCUGAAUCUGAAGAUGAUCUUGCACUGACCGUUGAAGACUCUGAGGAUGAAUCUGAGUAAUCUUAGUUGAGGGUAUAUACUGUUUUUUUGCAUUCUGCAUUCUGGAAGUUGGUGAAUUCGAUAGGUUUAGGCCAUCAUCCGCUUCCACUUGUACCAGCUAGGGGAAAUCAGACUCAGACAGCACCAGCAUUUUCCCCAUUGCUGAGUUAUCUUCAAAGUCAUGGCGAGGCCUCUGCCCCAUUUAUCCCCUUCUGUGGUGAAUGUACAUAUGCGUCUAGACUGCGACGCAUCACCACAGAUGCCACCCACAAUCGAGUUAUGAAUACU